AUGCGGCGGCGAGGCAUGGGAAUGGCCAAGUCGGGGAAGCGCCGGACGAGGACCUCGCCGCCGGCCACCGCCCUCGCCUCCACAAUCACCACGUCCUCCACCUCAUCCUCCACAAACCGCGAAGAAACCGCCUCGCCAUCGCCGGACAUCCUACCGGAGCUGAUCGCAUUGAUCGCGAGCCGGCUGACGACCCUCGAGGACUUCUUCGCCCUCGUUGCCGCCUGCCGCGCCUACCGAGCUCACCUCCCGUUGUCAUCGUCCAACCUCGCCUCGCAGGGUCCGCUCCUCCUCAUCCACCAGAAGGCCUCUGCCUCGGAAGCGCUCUACCACGUCCCCCUCCGCCGCAUCCUCCGCUUCCGCCUCCCGCGCACCCCCGUGGCGGUGGCCCAUGGACGCCGCAGCCCCACCUGCUUCAGCCGGCUCUUCACCCCCAAAGAAGUCACCCUCACCUGCUUCCACUCCUUCGGCUGCCGUGUCGCCAUCAGAAACAUCUUUACCGCCAGCCGCCCCGAGUUUCGCAUCUGCCAUCUCCUCACAGGCGAGCGAGCCCGCCUGCCCCAUCCCCCUACACCCAUUGGAUGUGUUCUCUUUUCUGGCGACUUAGUCCUCGCCUUCAUGCCACGGCACCGUUACAUCUCCUACUGCCGCAUUGGGGAUGCUCAGUGGCAAGUGGCGUGGUGCGACGAAGGCUACCACCCUUACAGUCUGAUGUUCGUGAAAGGAACCCUCUACGCGUUGAUUUAUCCAAAUUACCGUCUUGCUGUUGUCGAGCUUAACAACAAUUCUAUGGUAUUGUCGUUUCUUGGGGAUGAACUUAGCGCACAGACAGUUCCAGAUAGUUCGGUGGCCUUGCUCGCAGAGUGCCAUGGUGAGAUAUUGCUAAUUGUCAGAACCAAGUUGUACCAUGUUUUCAAGUGGCAAUCCGGGGAGAAGAAGUGGGCGAGCACUGACAGCCUUGGUGGUUGUAGCUUGUUCUUUAAUAGGCAUGAGUUUGCUGGUUGCCUUGGUCCAGAUCAUCCAGGAGUUCGAAGAGACUGCUUGUACUUUACUGGAAACUUUGGGUACUGGAGUGAGUAUUCUUUGGUUGAUAGAUCUUUGCAUGAAAUUCUUGCCGACUACCCAGGGCGACCACUACGGGAGGAUUGUUUUCCACUGGCUUGGGUCCUUCCGAGCAUUUGUUGA